AUGCAUCCGGUAAAUAAUAUUAAGGCGGUCAAAGAAAAUGGAAGUCCUUGCAACGGAAAUAAAGUGCCUUAUCCGACACCACGAGCAGUAAACCCUGUACCCCCAACAACAAAGAACCCUGUAGAACAAGAGGUUUUAUUGUUACAAGAAGCUGCCUCUGCUAUAACAAGUAAUGAAAGCAGGAGCAAUAAUUGUCCCCGCCCAUCACCUGAUAAAAGUGACCAAAAAAGAGCAGAACACCCUUUGGAUAGAGUUGGACGAAAUAUUACUCCCCGAAGUGAAACAAAUGAUCACGUGGACAUGGAUAAAACACAAAAGCAAGAAACUAAAAGACUUAAAAAUGAUCAUAAAAAGGAUACGCCCUAUAAACGUGAAGCAACUAGCGACCUGGAGGAUCCGUUGUGGGAUGUUCAAAGUUUAUUCGGCCUUGAUUGUGACUGUGAAAGUGGAAUCAGUAUUAGAAAAGAUGAACUAUGA